ACCUGCAGACCGUCAUCUGCUAUCUCGGACUUGUGCUAUUUUUACUCGCUGGGCCAUCAUACGCCAUCAUGAUUUGAGUUGAUAUUUCUCUGCCGAAAAUGGUCGGAGGCAAGUUUCUAGCCGUUAUAACGGCAAUAAAGUGGUCUUUCACAUCGCCUUCCAUCGCGUCCAGCGCAGUAUCAAUGACCAAAAGAGGGCGUGUAUCGCAUCAAAAUGGCAAUUUUGGAGAAGGAAUGAAGAAACGCCGAUGUAUUCUCGUUCUGAAAAAGCAACACAGGAUGAAAAGGUACCACAUGCUACUCCAUCAAUCUGUCACCCACAGGUGGAAAAUUAAAGAACCAGACCUUGCUCACAUGCCACCCAUGGUAUAUAUACUCUCGACAUAUUUCACGUCCUGUCAGAGCGAAGUUCCCCCUUGACUGCCACCUUAGCAGUCCUUCCUGGCCGCUCCCGCCAAUCCUCACCAACAGAAAGAAUGGCUGGCUUGCAAUCCGACGACCCUGUCUAUCAAGGAUAUGCCGAGGCGAAAAGAGCCGAGUUCGAGUUGCACAAGGACUCUGGUUCAGACGAUCAUGUUGUUUCCUCCGCUGGUGACCAUGAGCUCGAUGGAAUCCACGAUGGGCUUGAGUUCCCAACAGAGGAGGAUAAGCUGACCCUUCGUCGAGUCGCUGAUACCAUUCCUUGGAAUGCUUAUCUGAUCGCCUUCGUCGAAUUGGCCGAGCGAUUCUCGUACUACGGCACACAGGUCGUAUAUACAAACUUCAUCCAACAGCGACUUCCUCCUGGUUCACGGACAGGCGCUGGUGGCAGAGAUGGUCAAUCCGGUGCUUUGGGCAUGGGUCAGCGUGCCUCCACCGGUCUGAACACCUUUAACCAAUUCUGGGUCUAUGUCAUCCCCCUCUUUGGUGCCUACAUUGCCGACACUCGAUGGGGCCGUUUCAAGACUAUUUGCGUAUCCGUCGGGGUCGCCCUGGUCGGUCAUGUUCUUCUUAUCGUCUCGUCUCUUCCAGGCGUCAUCGAACACUCGCACGGCGCUUUGGCGUGCUUCAUCGUCGCUUUGAUUGUGAUGGGUUUGGGAACAGGCGGAUUCAAGGCCAACAUUUCACCCCUCGUCGCCGAGCAGUACAAACGGACGAAAUUGUUCGUCGCCACAAGGAAAAGCGGCGAGCGCGUCGUUGUUGACCCUACUCUUACUACCGCUCGUAUCUACAUGUACUUCUACUUGUUCAUCAAUAUCGGCGCGCUGGUUGGUCAGAUUAGCAUGACCUACUCCGAGAAGUAUGUCGGAUUUUACCUUGCAUACACCCUUCCAACGGCCGUCUUCCUACUUUGCCCCAUCGUUCUGUUUAUUGGACGCAACAAAUACGCUCGUUCACCCCCCUCAGGAUCCGUCCUCGCGAAUUCUCUCCGUGUCUGGCGUCUGGCGCAGAAAGGUCGCUGGUCGUGGAACCCCGUCAAGACAUGGCGCAAUCUCUACGCCGACGACUUCUGGGACAGUGCAAAGCCUAGUCACUUCCGUGGAGAGGCUCGGCCCAAGUGGAUGACCUUCGACGACAACUGGGUCGAUGAGGUCAAACGUGGCUUCAAGGCGUGCUCCGUCUUCCUGUGGUACCCUGUCUAUUGUAAGUCAAAUAGUGGUGUCAGUUGGCAUAGAGACGCUGACAGUCGUUAUCUUUCAGGGCUGACGUACAACCAAUUGAACUCCAACCUGACGUCUCAGGCGGCGACAAUGGUUGUCAAUGGGGUGCCUAACGAUGUCUUGUCUAAUCUUGACCCGUUCGCCCUGAUCAUUUUCAUUCCCAUCUGCGACAUGUUCAUCUACCCAGGUCUCCGCCGCCUGGGCAUCAACUUCAGUCCUAUCAAGAAGAUCACGCUCGGUUUCUUCACCGGUGCUGCGGCGAUGGUUUGGACAGCCGUUGUGCAGCAUUACAUUUACAAGCGCAACCCUUGCGGUUACCAUGUUGCGACUUGCACGGAUGAGGCUGGUAACAUCCUGACCAGUGAUUUGAAUGUUUGGAUUCAGACUGGCAGUUACGUCCUAAUUGCCUUCUCUGAAAUCUUCGCUUCCAUUACCGGUCUCGAGUACGCGUUCACCAAGGCACCUAAGAACAUGCGUUCUCUCGUUAUGGGCAUCUUCCUUUUCAUGUCCGCCAUCUCCUCCGCCAUCGGUGAGGCUUUCGUCUCGCUCUCCGCUGAUCCUCUCCUCGUCUGGAACUACGGUGUCAUGGCCGUCCUUGCUGCCGUUUCUGGACUGAUCUUCUGGUUCCAAUAUCGUCACCUCGACCAUCAAGAAGAUGAACUCAACAACUUGGAGGAUGCUCACUACGAAGAUCCUCAUGCCGUUUACAAUGCUCGGUACGGUGGCGAUCAGUCGUUGAAAAUACAGUGAUCGCAUCAUGAUUAUUCUGUUGUGCUCGGGACUUUUUCUUUUUCACCGGUCAUUCUGAUCCCUUUGGCUGUUGCAGUUCGUCUUUUGCCUGGUUCAGUUUAGUCUGCUUUUGCCCCAGGCGUGAUACCGUGAUACCGUGUUUCCGUUCUUUCCUUACCCUUUCUUGAUCGUCGUAUAUUGAUAGUGUAUGUCGUCAACAAUGUUAGACGUGUACUAGUACUGCUUUACGGGCUCGCUCCAGUUGUUCGUAAUACCAUAUAAUGUUACAAAUGUUCUUUCCGGACUCGGAGAGGACCCCUGCUAAUCCCCCCCAAAGGUCUUAUGCCAAGAGUGGUCAAUUUCGGGCAUGGGGGUCUGGCCCGUUUUGACCACUUUUCGGGCAUCCGGCCUGUAGGGUUUCCAAAUGUUGUCAGUUUUCGGGCCUGCGGCCC